CAUAUUUCUGCGCCGCACUCCCGCAUCUGUUGUGAUCGGAUGAACAGAGAAAACUCCUGGUGAAGCGACUGAAAUUCACAAGUCACUAUUAUAAAGAUGACGUUUAUUAAAGAGGAGAGUGAAGACAUGAAGAUUGAAGAAGCAUUCAGAGUGAAAAAAGAAGAUGCUGAGGAACAAACAGACCUGAUAGUGCUGAAAGUUGAGAGUGAAGAACUAUACAAUAUGGAAGAAAAAGAUCCUCAUGAUGAACAUCAUGAGUUCAUGACUGGAGAAAAAUCUCUUAGUGACUCACAGACCGAAAAAACUUCCUCACAAAACAAACCUCAAAAAACAGGAACUAGAAACUUUAAAGUCCACAUGAGAAUUCACACUGAAGAGAGAUGUUUCAGCUGCCAACAGUGUGGGAAGAGUUUCUCACUGAAAGGAAAUCUAAAAAAACAUGUGACGAUUCACACUGGGGAUAAGCCUUACAUCUGCACUCAGUGUGGAAAGAGUUUUACACAGAAGAAAAACCUUGAUGCCCACAUGAGAAUUCACACGGGACAGACUCCUUAUAGUUGCAAACUGUGUGGGAAGAGUUUCUCAUUAAAAGGAAAUCUUAAAACUCAUAUGAGAAUUCACACUGGAGAAAAGCCGUUCAUAUGCCCUCAGUGUGGAAAAAGUUUUAGACAGAAAAAAAACCUUGAUGCCCACAUGAGAAUUCACACAGGACAGACACCUUACACCUGCAAACUGUGUGGCAAGAGUUUCUCACUAAAAGGAAAUCUUACAACUCACAUGAGAAUUCACACUGGGGCGAGCCCUUUCACCUGCCAACUGUGUGGGAAGAGUUUCUCACUAAAAGGAAAUCUUAAAAAACACAUGAAAAUUCACACUGGAGAAAAGCCGUUCAUAUGCCAUCAGUGUGGGAAAAGUUUUAGACAGAAAAAAAACCUAAAUGCCCACAUGAUAGUUCACACUGGACAGACCCCUUAUACUUGCAAACUGUGCGGGAAGAGUUUCACACUAAAAGGAAAUCUUAAAACUCACAUGAGAGUUCACACUGGAGAAAAGCCGUUCAUAUGCCAUCAGUGUGGGAAACGUUUUAGGCAGAAAAACAACCUUAAUGCCCACAUGAGAAGUCACACUGGAGAGAGCCCUUACACCUGCAAACUGUGUGGGAAGAGCUUCUCACGGAAAGAAAGUUUUAGGAUUCACAUGAGAAUUCACACUGGAGAGAAGCCAUGUGUAUGUAGUCAGUGUGGAAAGAGUUUCAGAUGUAAAGGUACCCUCAAUCACCAUAUGAAGAUUCACUCAAGAAAGGAAUAUUUUAUAUGUCAUCAGUGUGGAAGGAGUUUCACAGACAGGAAACAUCUUACGAAUCAUGUAAAAACGCACACUGGAGAGAAGCCGUUCAUGUGCCCUCACUGUGGAAAGACUUGCAUAAACAAAUCAAACCUUGACGUUCACACAAGAAUUCACACUGGAGAGAAGCCUUUCACCUGCUCUCAGUGUGGAAGGAGUUUCACACGUAAAGGAAACCUCAACAUUCAUCUAAGAGUCCACAAAGGAGAGAGGCCUUACAAGUGUCUUCAGUGUGAGAAGAGUUUUACAUUUCACACAAUCCUGAAACGUCAUUUGCAAACUCACUCCGGAAAGAUAACAUAGUGUGACGAGGUUUAGAAAAUGGAGCAACUUCAACAAUCACAUGCAUAUUCACUUGUGUGAUCAGUAUAAUAUUUGUAUUUAUCCUUUGCCAUCACACUUGCAGAUGCAUACAAAAAGUCAUGCAAUUGCGAAACACUGUUUGUGUUCUUUGUGAAAGUAUGGUACCAGAAAAUACUUAUCUGUGUGAAAUUAAGACUGUUCACACCAUAGAAAGUUGGCCAUAUAUGAUUGUCCGCUUCUUUUAUAAGAAUACUUCAUUGCUUUAUUUUGUGCAUAUGAACUCCACAGCAGGCCAUAUCCUUUACUAUAGUUUAAAAUUGUGUAUUGCAGUGAAAUGACAAAGUACCUGAAAGAUUAUAAAUAAAGGACA